AAUGCUGGUAUUCCAAAUAGAGGCUUUUCAGGAAGCGGGGAAUGAAUGUGGAUGUGUUUGCAUGUUUUUAGCCAGAGUUUAAGUAAGUGAUAUUGAGAUGCUUUUGUGUAUUUUACAUAACUUGCCCACUGUUACUUGCACACAUGCACGGUUAGUUGAAGGCAGAACUUGUCAAUGAAGCCGAACAAAGAUGGGUGGCUUCUUUAAACAGCGCUAACAUCUGACAAGCGUAACGUUACGUUGGGGUUGUCAGUCUGGCAAGUGCAAACGCUUUCAUUCUAACGGAGAUCUUCAAAUGGUUUACAAAUGCUAGGGUAGGAAUUAUUGCUUGACCGACCCGUUUUCAAAGUCGAACGACAUCAUGCCGUCUUGUUUUGGAUGCUACAGGCAGCGGCUUUCAGUUAGCUAACAUUCUGGAUCCCGAUUAUAACUGUUAUAGUUACUGCAUUUUCUCAGAAACGGGUCAUGUCUGAGCAAAUGAAGACAAGUAAAGAUGGUGUUAUCUCAGGGAGCAUAUCAUGGGUGUCCAGAUUAGAAGACUGUCACAUAUGCGAUGUAAUAAAAACACACCAAGAGGGUAAUCUUCAGCAAGUGGACACUGAGGUUCAAAGCAACAAUGCGCCUCAGUACCUGGAGCAGGUGGAUGCCACUCCGUGCGUUAUUACGCUUCAGUGCGUCCCGCACUGUCGCAGCGUUAUAACCUCGCUACUGGUGGUUAGCGAGGCGCGCACCAUGGAGGUGUACUCCGCAUCCGGGGACUACUGCGGCACCUGCCGUGGGGAACAAGACUCCAAUGUCAACUGUGACGGAGUGACAGACAGCAGACCUUUCUACAGAAAACACCUGAAGCUGGAGUGCCCCACUACGUCCUGUGAAGUGAAGCUGCUGUCUCUGGGAGGGCGUGCCAGCGUGGGCAUCGCUGGCAUCCACGUGGCGCUGCGAGUCCUGGAGGCUGAGGGCAAGCAGGAGGUGGGCACAGGAGGGAGCAUUGACCUCAAGCAGGUGCAGACCAUGAUGGAGGAGAUGGGCACCACCCUUUCACCUGGUGCCCAACACCUCAUGGACAUGGUGCAGUUCCAGCAGAAGAGCAAAGCAGAUGCUAUGGCUGGCUUCCUCCCCCUCCUCAUGGCCGGUGGCGGGGUAUUGUCCUGCCUGACUAAAGGAGCGUCUGUUUCCUUGCCCCUCUCCGGGCCCCCGCCCCCUCCCUCUCUCUCGGCCCCUCAGGACAAUGCCUCCCUCACAGAGACGAGCGCACAGGGCGACUACGGGCACCGCUCAUGCCAGGCCCCGACCUCGUCCCCGUCUCCUCGUUCCACCCUGCUGCCCACACCCGCGCCGCUGCCAGCCGGCCUGAGCCAAGGCAAGCUGCAGGAAGUGAUGUCGGCGCUGAUGCGCGCCCCGCCCGGACAGCACUGCGCCGCGACGCCCGACCUGCUGCCCCUCCUGCAGAGUGUGUGCUGCCAGGUGGCACAGCUCCGCAUGGACGACACCACAGCCGCAACCAUCGCCCAGGGCAAGGCCCACAUGCCCAACGGACCAUCGGAGGUCCACCCGUGCUGUCGGGGCCUGGAGGAGGUGCUGGAGAAGCGUCUGCAGCAGAUGGAGGACCGGCUGAGGGAGCACAUGGAUCAGCGGCUCGACUCCCUGGAGCAGAAGCUGGACACGGUGCUGCAGCAGGUCCUCCUGCCCCCAAUGCAGCCCAGCUGAACCUCACCAAAGACCCCCCCCCCUCGCCUCCACACAGCUAGAGGGCGCUGCUGUGUUUGCUGCUUUUCAAAUGGACACUAAUGACUUUCUAAUCAUGACAACUGGCUA